CUACCGAUUUUGAUAAUUAUAUAUCACCAGUCCUACGACAUUUAAAAUUGAUUUGUUGAGAAGGUGUACAACAUAAGGAAGAAAUAUACCCCUGGGAACAAUGGUGAGGAAUCUGCUCGCUCGCAUAUCAGUUUCGGCCAUUUUGAUCUUCAGAAUCUGACAUACAAUUUUUGACAAUCAAAUUCACGAGAAGUUAAAGUCAGAGAAGUCAGAAAUCAGGUAAAAGUGCUGUACUAAGUGUUACUCUAGACUGAAAGUCGAAGAUGAGCAAGAAGAAAAAGAAAAAUGAAGAAGACGGAACAGCACAAAAUCAAGAAGUUCGAACGAUAAUAAAUAAUCACAAAAAUACGGAAGCAGCACUUAAACAAGAAAUUAAGUCACUUAAUGAGAAAAUUGAACUACUAGCUGAAAAAGUUAGGCUAGUUCAUCAAUUGUCCAACGAAAAUCGUAGGUUACAAGAGCACCACGAUAUAUUAGCCGCCAAGGUUGUAGAAAAGGACACUAUUAUCAGCACACUGGAAAUACUAAAUACACGAAUAGAAGAAUUUGAAAAAUCAACCGCAAGUAAAGCAUCACCAAACAAAGAGACAAGAUCUUUGAAAAGCAUAAUCAUUACACCUGAUCAACACCAACCAAGCUACAAGACCAGAUAUGAUCGCAACAAAUACUUAGACCUCUCGAAACUUCAGGUAGGUCAAAAACUGCAGAAAUGGAGCUGUAGAAAUAAACGUUCAAGAUUGUGUUCAUACCCAACUUAAACAAGAAAUCGAAAAAAAUAUACAUACAUCCUACAAGAUGUCUGAACCAAGAAUCUUCAAGCCGACAAUUAAAACAGUUGGUUAUCGUUGGGAGGAAAAAAUUACCGAAAGAGAAAUGCAAGAAGAAAUUAUAAAAAAAAUCACUUUGUGGCUAACGGAG